UCCCUCACUGUCUCACUCUUCUCCCUCGCCUGAGGACUGCUUCCUCUGCUUGGAUUGUCACCAGCUCAUCACCAUGCUGUUCCGGACUGUGCUUCUGCUCACCUUAUGCGUGUCCACAGGCAUGAGUGCCACUUUAGGCUUCUACCAGGCUCAAGCAAAGGAGGAGGAGGCUCCCACUGUGGAGACUAUCACUCAUGGGACUGUGGAAGCUGCCCCUGUAAGCACAGCUGAAGAACAUGUUGUUCCUGCAGAUCCAAAAGAAGAUGAUCCACCUGGGGAUGAGGAACAUGUCGCUCCUUCAGAUCCCAAAGAAGAUGAUCCACCUGCGAAUGAGGAACAUGUAGCUCCUGCAGAUCCCAAAGCAGAUGAUCCACCUGCUGAGGAGGAACAUGUCGCUCCUGCAGAUCCCAAAGAAAAUGAUCCACCUGCUGAGGAGGAACAUGUCGCUCCUGCAGAUCCCCAAGCAGAUGAUCCACCUGCUGAGGAGGAACAUGUCGCUCCUGCAGAUCCAAAAGACGAUGAUCCACCUGCUGAGGAGGAACAUGUCGCUCCUUCCGAUCCCCAAGCAGAAGAUCCACCUGCGAAUGAGGAAGAUGUAGCUCUGGUAGAUCCCAAAGAAGAGGAUCCAUUUGCAGCUGAGGAACCUGAAGCAAAUACCAUUGUUGGGGACAAUCAAGUGGCUGAUGUACUUGAAGUCGACAACGUAGCAGCUGGUGAACCAGAAGAGGAUGUGCCUGUAGCAGAAGAGCCAGAGACACGCAGUGAUGACGCUGCUGGAGACGCCCCUGCUCUGGAAGAUCUUACUGAAGCUGAAGGUGAAGCAGUCACCCAGGAGCAACCUGAGGCAGAGGAGGACAACGACAUCAAACCAGUCCAGACAGAGCAGUCCCAGGACGAGCCCGAAGCAGCAGAAGAAGAAGAAGAAGAAAACAGCUGGAGCUUCUACUCAAUUCGAAAUAGUUUCCAGUCUAUGCACGGAUACUACAACUCCCUGGUGGAGCUUGUGGGGGGACGCGAUGGUGUGUGUCAGUACCGCUGCAAAUAUGGAGAAAUUCCUAAACCUCGCCCCGGCUACCAGCUCCCAGAGCCCAACGGCUGCAGCUCCUCUCUGGUUGGAUUCCAGCUUGACCUGGGGAUCCCUGCUAUGACAAACUGCUGUGACAUGCUGGACAUGUGCUACGACACUUGCGGCGUAAGCAAGAACGCAUGUGAUUCCGAAUUUCGCCUGUGUGUGCAUGGCAUCUGCUCCGACCUAAGGAAGAGUCUGGGCUUUGUGUCCAAGGUGAAAGCCUGUGAAUCGAUGGCAGACGCCCUGCACAGCACGGUGGGGACUCUGGGAUGCAGGCCUUACAUGAACGGCCAGAGGGCGGCGUGUGUCUGCGAGGGAGAUCAGAGGGAUGAACUGUGACACAGAACACUGUGGACAAAACCCCUGGAUGUUUUCAUGGACGAAUAACUGAGUCACAUAUUAUACUGUGUAUUUAUAAGCUUCUUUUUGUCAAAGAAAAGAUACUUCUCAACAUCCA